AUGACGUACUUCCGGUUUCUCGCACCCAAACGCGACGACUUCUGCUCCCGAACGGACGAAGAAUUCCCGGCAAUCGCCGAACCGCCGGAAGCGGACGGAUCCGUCUCCAUAUCUGUCCGGGAGGCCCGGGGACCUUCGAGUGGAAGAAUUCCACAUGCUGGUUCGUCCAUUGUCCAGCACAGCCGCAUCAUCCGCCAAAACCGCCAUCGCAUUGCCAAGCCAGUGGGAUCAUCGACCCUAGCAGCAGGUCAUCGACUGCUGUUCAGUAAGCCAACGACAUCUCGGUUCAUCAAAUCCUUCCGAGUGUCAAAGGACAUUUUCAUAUAUCUACUGGACAUCAUUGACGAAAACCUAGUACCUUCCCAUCAGUCUACGGCAGUUGCUUCGAUGAUCAUGCUGGCGGCUUCUCUAAGGGUUUUUACCCAAGGCAAAUACCAAAAAGGUGUUGGAAAUGACCGAUAUAUUGGAUUGGCGCAACCAACAAUGUCAAAAGUAUUGCAGCUGGUUUUGGACAUAAUUGAGAGACAUGUGUGCCCUUUCGUUAUCCGUUUUCCAACCAAAGAGCACGAAAAACACGAAAUAAAACUAGGUUUCUACGAAAAAACGGGAUAUCCUGGUGUCAUUGGCUGCAUAGAUGGAAAUGGAACACACAUAAGCAUCAUAACUCCACCUCAUGAUAAGCACUUAUUUUUCAAUCGCAAAGGUUGUCACAGUCUCAACGUUAUGUUGGUUUGUGACCACAACUUGAUGAUUAGAUAUUUGGAUGCUAAUCACCCGGGCUCCUCGCAUGAUUCUUUUGUGUGGAACGGAAGCUUCCUGAAUCAGUUGCUUCAACAGAACUACGAGAACGGGGAACGGAACUCCUGGUUACUGGGAGAUGCUGGUUAUUCCUUGACUCCUUUUCUGAUUACCUCUUUUCGCACGGGGGGAAAUAUCACUGAAAGAGAAACUAGGUUCAACGGCAUGCAUUCGAAAACAAGAAUUACUGUGGAAAGAUCGAUUGGAGUCGCUAAAAACACAUUCCAAUGCUUGUUGAAAGAACGACAACUAUACUACAAGCCAGCACAAGUUACACAGAUAAUCAAUGUCUGCAUUGCUCUCCAAUAUCUACGCAUCAAACCUGUCAUGGACCUGUCUGACGAAGAAGAUGUGGAGUUCCAAGGCAUUGGCGAAAAUCAUGAAAAUGCAGUUAGAAUCAGAGAAGAAAUCAUGAAUAAUAUUUUGUAG